AUGUGUCGCCGGAAAGCCGCGACGAAGUUCAUCGAAGACCCGAAAUCACGCAAUGUGACAUUCAACAAAAGAAAACAGGGGCUGAAGAAGAAGGCAUACGAAUUCUCGACGCUUUGUGGGGUCGAUACAUGUAUGAUCUGCUUCAAGGAAUAUGACGGGGAUGGACCGUCCAAGCCCCUGACAUGGCCCAAUGAAGCGACUGAAGUUGAACGUAUCAUCAAGCGGUAUAAAAGAGUCAGUGAUGAAGAGAAAGGGAAGCGGAAGGUUGAUCUCUCGAGCUACUUGGAGAACAAGAAGAAAAAGAUGGAAGAAGAGCUUGUUCGCCUGCACCGAGGGAAUGGGAAAAUGACAAUGUACCCUUGGUGGGAUGAUCAGCUGGACAACUGGCCUGAAGAGUCACUGAGGGAGCUUGCAAACCAGCUCGAUGCGAAAAUGGAGGAUGUGAGACAGAGAAUUGCAUUGCUUAAGGAUAACCAACGCUUUCUACAACUAACUGAAGAGGUUGAAGUUUCAAAGCUCAGUGUUCAACUCCAACCGCUUCCUAUAUCCUCUAUAGAACUUCCUGAUCACGAUUAUUCGGCGCUGGAAUUUCUUCAUAAUCCAGCAGUUUUUGAGUCCAGUUUCAUUCCAAACAUGUCGAGUGGUGAAAAAUUCAACUACAAUGCACACGAUUUUCUUCAUAAUCCAACAACUUUUGAGUCCAAUUUCAUGCCGCACAAAUCGAGUGGGAGAGAAUUCAACUACGAUGCCGACGAAUUUCUUCAUAAUCCAGCAGUUCUUAAUUCCAGUUUCAUGCCAAAUGCGUUCAGUGGUGGAAAAUUAUACUGUGGCGCCGACAGCCUACCUUCACUACCAUUUACCAAUCUGGGUGUUGGGAUGCUACCAUUUAUAAAUCCAGGAUUUGGGAUGCUGCAAAAUAACAAUGAGGUUGUUGCAUACAAUGCAUUUCAUGAGGAAGGGUGUUUUCAUGGGCCCCAGCAUUUCGGACCAACGAAUCCGCUGCUUUAUCAGAGAUUGUUGAUGCAUCCCCAGACAGAUCAUCUGUAUCAUGGGUUCUCUGAUUUCCAUGAAUUUGAUGUUCGGCCCAGGAAUGAUUAGCUGUGAAAGAUGGUGGUUUUGGAUUAUUCAAGAAAACAUUGUUAUUAGAGUAGGAUUUAUACAGGCAUCUGUUUGGCGCACAUCAUAGCAAAAUGUGGAUAGCAUUUCUUGGAUAUGGUUAUUUUAUGA